AUGACAGAAAAGGAGAAGGAACAGGAAUACCGAGCAUCGAAGAAAUCUCGGAAUACUCAAGAAGGUCUCUCUCCUCGGCCAACUCACGAGUAUCAAUUGAAAAAGCUGACAGAGUCUCCCUUCUCGGCUAAGAUCCAAGCCACCUUGCUGAAGCCAGGGCUCCAUCUCCCGAAGUUUCAGAAGUUCGACCCCAGCACAACCGAAGCAUACACCCAUCUCAUCAGUUACAGAAGCACCAUCUCAUGCGUUACCGAUGACGACGCCAUCAUGUGCAAAGCAUUUCCCUCGAGUCUUGGGCGCCUCGGCCUGUUAUGGUUUAACCAAUUAGAAGCAGGAUCGAUCCAUAGUUUCAAAGAGCUUGAAAGGGCUUUUAAUUAUCGGUUCAUCACAAGCAACAAGCAAGCCAAGAAAGAAGAUGCCCUAGCACAGAUGAGGAAGAGGCCUGGCGAAACGCUUCGAAAAUAUGCCGAGCGCUACUGGCAAUUGUUUAACGAGAUACCCGGUGUUGAUCAGUACUGGGUAGCAAGGAACUUCAAAAAUGGAUUGGAAAUAGGAAGCAAGAUUCUGGAUGAGCUGGCAAUCCGGGCACCUCAUGGAAUGAAUGAGCUAAUGAGGACGGUUGAAUAG